AUUACGUCACUUAAAAUAUUUUUUUCUCAGGUUAAAUCAGCCAGCUGAUGUGUAACAUAAAUUUAUAAUACAAAAUUCUUAUUUAAUGUCACUUGUCUUCCAUUACCUGCAUACAUUUCUCAUUCUAAAUCAAUCACAAACCUCAGCUCAAAGUCUUCCACUGUCAAGAAAACGUUGUUGUUUAGUGAAUAUAUCACCAUAUAUAUUUUAGAAAUCAGAUUAGGUACUGAUCAGAGUAUUUUAUCUCUAAAAAGUGUAUUAAUAUCCAUUAUUAAGAAAGUACUUGCUAACAUAUAAAUAGGUCAAGAAGAAGUGUUACUGACUGAAACCUGAGUCUGGCAUCUCAGCUCUUUUUUCUUUCAUGGAGUAACUGAAUACUCUGUGCCUGGACUUAUUGAACUGAGGGGCGUCACAUCUCUGAUACUCCCUCAUUGGUCUCCCUUGCUCCUCAACACUCAUCUCCCACCAGACUAGAAGGACAGGAGGAAACAUCAUCAGGGUCUGAACUAAGAGUGAAGCCCACCAUCAUCUCCCCACCAUCAUUUCUACACUGUCAAGCUCAUCUGUUCUCAGAUCCAGAAGACGUAUUUCCUUCACAGAGCUCCUGUCUCGCUGUGGACUACUUGCCAAGACCUCCUGCUUUUCAGUUUAAGCCUGUGUUUUGUUUGUGUGUGUGUGAAAGACAGAGACACGACUCCGAAAGCAGCACCUAUCAUCUGUGAGGAUGUCUGCACUGUGUCUUCUGUGGGUCCCUGUGCUGUUGUGUUUAACACACGCUUGGCUCUGCCAUGGGGCAUGUGUGGAGGUGGACUCGGACACGGAGGCAGUGAUGGGUCGAGGCUUCAAAUUAGGCUGUAUCUCUUGCAAGAUGAGAGGAGAAGUACUGGCCUCUGCCACAGUGGACUGGUGGUUCAUGGCCAAAGGCGAGAGUGAAUUUGCAUAUAUCUACAGUUAUGCAGACAUGACAGGCUACAUAAUGAAUGACCGCUUCGAUGAACGCCUAGCCUGGAACGGCAGUAAAAAAACUCGUGAUGUGCAGGACGGCUCAAUUUACAUCCUUAACGUCACCUUCAACGACACCGGCACCUAUCGAUGUUUCUUCGACCGCACCCUUGUAUUCUCCAAUUACGAGUACCGCACCAAUGCCACCAGGUUUAUCUCCAUCAACGUAGUAGGCAAAGCUACACGAGGCAUAGCGUCCAUCUUAUCCGAGAUCAUGAUGUACGUGUCCAUUAUCGGGCUGCAGUUGUGGCUGGUGGUGGAGAUGGUCUACUGUUACAGGAAGAUCGCAGCAGCUGGAGAGGAAGCUCUGAGAGAGAGAGAGGCGGAAUAUUUAGCUAUAACCUCGGAGAACAAAGAUAAUUCUGCAGGUGUAGCGGUGGCAGAAUAACACAGGUGGGUCCAAAAAAAGUCUCAAGCCAAAAGCUUGACGCUCUGUCCAUCAUGGCAUCACCAAUGGCCUCCUCGGUCACCCUCACCGGCUCUCUGUGAAACCGCAGGGUCGCUGUUUUGACCUUUGUGUACGACUGUGACAGAACCGCCAUUCUAAACCAUCAGGGAAACACACAGUCACACAUUACAUAAAAAGGAAAUGUUUUGUUUUAAGGCUCUAGAUGACAGAUGACAACUUUGAGGUUAACGAAUGAAUGAUGCAUUCAUUGAUUCAAGCAUGAAUCUGUAACGCUGAACAGAACACUGAACUUGACUUCUACAUACGUGUUUGAGCUUUUAACAUCUCUUUGCUGUUUCCACAUAAUGAAAACUCAGCUUUACUUGGAUAAAACGGUCACCACAGUAUAUCUACUGAGCCAGAGGACAUCACAACAUAUUAUAUAAUGUGUAUAAAAAUCACUAGUAUAUUUACUGAGUCAGAGAGAAAAAAAACAUAAGAACUGUCAAAUAGAAUAUGUGAAAACAUAUCUAUUUAUA